AUGAGCGCUCUCAGCGAGGAUGCGAUCCCAGAUGCCGACCCCAGCAGCACCGCAGGCCUCCUUGCGGAGCGCCUACAGGCGUGGAAGCAUGCCGUCGGCUACAUGGAGGAGUACAUGGGCGCCGUGGAAAAGAUCCACAAGGAGCAGGCAAAGGAGUACGAGAAGGUCCUCAAGACUAUCUCGAAGCCCCUGCGCGAAGGGCACCACUUCGACCAGAGCCUAGGCGGCAUCGCCGGCUUCUUCGAGAACAUGCGGUCCAACACGCAGGCGCUCAUCAACACGAACAUCGAGACGGAGAAGAACAUCAAGGGCUCUGUCCUGCCCAUCCUCGAACGCCUGCACAAGGAGAUCAAGCACAAGGCCAAGGAGCUGGCCCACGGCGCGCAAAAGGGCGCCAAGGAGGUGGACAAGGCCCGCAACACGACCCAGAAGCAUAUCGAGCUCCUCGGGCAGCAGACGGCCUCGUUCGAGUCGACGGGCGGCAAGAUGGCGCCCCACGACGACCCUUACGUCGUCCACAAGGGCGUCAUCAACCGCCUCCACAAGCAGAUCAUGGAGGAGAACAACCACCGCAACGACCUGAUCGCCGUGCAGAACAACUUUGAGACGUUCGAGGCCCACGUCGUCGAGGUGCUCCAGCAGGCGAUGGAGGCCUUCAACCAGUUCGCCGGCGGCCAGGCGGAGCGCGUCCGCGCGCUCUACAGCGACAUGCUGGGCUGCGUGCAGCGCAUCCCGCCCGACUUCGAGUGGAAGGGCUUCGCCAGCCGGCGGGCGGACAUCCUGGUCAACCCCAGCGACCCGCCGCGCACGGUCGACGCGGUCCAGUUCCCCAACAUGAACCACCAGAGCACCAAGCCGCUGAUCGAGGGCAGCCUGGAGCGCAAGAGCCGCAACAAGCUCAGCUGGGGCUACUCGACGGGCUACUACGUCGUCACGCCGUCCAGGUUCCUGCACGGGUUCAAGGACUCGGACGUGCUGCGCGGCGACCCCACGCCGGAGCUGUCCAUCUACCUGCCCGACGCGACGGUCGGCAGCCCCAACGGCGACAAGUUCACGGUCAAGGGCAAGGACCGCAGCAAGUCGAUCAGCAGCAAGCUCGUCGGCGGCUCGGAGCUCUCGUUCAAGGCGCACACCAUGGCCGACGCCGACCGCUGGUUCGCCGUCAUCAGGGAGGUCGCCGGCGCCAACGGGCCCGCGCGCGUCGAGGAGACGCCGGCCUCGCCGCUCGCCACCACCUCUGCCGAGGCCGACGCGCUCAAGACCGAGGGCGGCAUCGUCGCCACUCCGCCGGCCGAGCACCACAAGGAGCAGGAGGCUGGCAUCACUGGGGGCCACGCCGUGACGAGCCCGACGGAGAUGUCGCCCGUGGCGGCCACGACCAAGGGCGAGCAGGAGCUUGCCGCUUCGACUGCCGAGAAGAAGACGACUCAGCCGGCUGCUUAG